AUGGACCAGGAUCUCACUUAUUUGAUAACGAUUGUACAAUGCGAAGGUGAUCAAUCGGCGACGAGCUCUGACUUAGCCAGCACCCGAUAAUUAGUAUCCGAAAUGAUUGUGAAGCCUUUUAAAACAUACAAAAGGACCCAGUUCCUUGCAGCAUAUACAGCUACCAUUAGUGCAAUAUCAGAUGGAAUGCAGUACUCCUGGGCUGCGCCAAUAAUCCCGAUACUACAGUCCGCUGACUCGAAGAUUAAAAUUACGGAAACGGACGUCAUGUGGCUGCAAAAUAUGUACUCCGUAGGAGGAGGCAUUGGACUAAUAACCGCCAUUUUCACCGUUAAACGGUUUGGAUGUAAAAUAUCCAUUCUCAUGAGUGCUGUGCUAAGUCUACUUGCGUGGAUGAUGAUUGCAUUAAUGGUCUCGGUAGAGUGCCUCUACGUGGCCCGAUUUUUCUGUGGAGUGGCAAGUGAAAUGGUUUACGUUUCGGCUCCGAUGUAUGUCGGCGAGAUAUCCGACAAAGAAGUACGGGGAUUUCUAAGCUCUUUGUUGCCAAUGAAUUUAAUUUUUGGUAUUAUAGUAAUGUUUUGCAUAGGCCCUUUUGUCCCAAUUUAUAUUUCGUCGGCAGUCGGAAGUAUACCUAUCAUAAUACAAUUGAUUUGUUUUAGUUUCAUGCCUGACUCACCUUACUAUUCGUUGAGUAAGAACAAGGUCGAGACAGCCACGAAAAAUUUACAAAAGUUACGACAAACCGACGAUGUUGAUGCAGAAUUAGAACAAAUUUCUUCGAACAUAGCAAAAGAACAGGCCGAUGGAGGACGUGUCAUCGAUCUGUUUCUACUGAAAGGUUGCAGGAAGGCACUACUGAUCUUGGCAGUUAUCAAUUGCUCUGUACAUUUUUGUGGCUUCACCGCAGUCGUUAUGAAUAUUCAUUCCAUUCUCGAGAGUGCUGGCUCGCCAGUAGCACCAAGCGCUGCAGCAAUAAUUUUUUCUUCCUUAAUGUUGGCAUCAAUCAUAUUUACGUCGCCGUUGAUCGACAGAGCAGGACGAAAGAUGAUGCUAAUUUUAUCAUCCGUAAUCACGACUUUGUUGCUGUUCGUUUUUGCAUCUUAUUUUACCAUCCAACUGUACAUUCCUGCCGUGACCGAAUACAAUUGGAUUCCACUAAUUUCCAUGAUGAUUUACGGUAUGGCUUAUAGGUGCGGAUUUGGUACUGUUUCAGUGGUUCUUACUGCCGAACUAUUUCCAAGUAACGUCAAAGUGAUUGGCAUUACGAUUUCUGAUGCACUUUACGUGAUAUUCUCGUUUCUUUCGAUCUAUAUUUAUCAAACGUUUAGAGUGAGCUACGGGAUCCAUGUCCCCUUCUUUAUUUUUGGUUUUUGGUGCAUAUUCAGCAUCGCAUUCAUUUUGUUCUAUCUACCCGAAACCAAAGGGAAGUCUUUGGAGGAGAUUCAGAAGAUUCUUAAAGGAAACGUACCUAAUACCAAAAGCGCCGAAAUUCAUCUAGAAGCCCUUAAAGGAAAAGAAACAACAAACCAUUGAUUGUAUACUAAAUUAUUGCACUGAUUAAACAUUAUUAAGACUAA